CUGAAGCAGGCUCUGGAAUUUUCCUUCCUCUUCUUUUUAAUUCACCCCCAACUUCCCCGCCAAUCACAUUCCCGUUUCUCCGCCGUAACAAUCUCUCACAAUGAGCAGGGCCGCCGAUUCGAACUCAUCCAACGGACAUUUGGUGCAGGCUAUAAGCACCCUCUUCCCUUUCCCUGAAGCCCUCGAGAAAUUAGCCUUCGUUUCCGACGAUGCUCGCGAGCCUAAGGGCAUGGCCUGCAUCCCGACUGAUAUCCUUGACGCUCCGAAGGAAUACGUGUUCUAUAUGGACCUGCCUGGGCUGUCGAAAUCCGACAUUCAGGUGACGGUGGAGGAGGAGAACACGCUGGUGAUUCGGAGUGGAGGGAAGAGGAAGAGGGAAGAUGGGGAGGAGGAAGGGUGCAAGUAUUUGAGGCUUGAGCGGAAGGCGCCACAGAAGAUGGUGAGGAAGUUCAGGCUGCCGGAGAAUGCUGAUACAUCUGCCGUUUCUGCUAAGUGCGAGAGUGGGGUGUUGGUGGUGGUUGUGGGAAAGCUGCCUCCGCCUCCCAAGCCCAAAACGGUGCAGGUCGCCGUCGCCUGAAACACCACUUGGUUUUUGAUGGUGGCUGUUUGUGUUAAGAGAAUUAGUAGUUGUUUUCCUUAUUCAUGCUCUGUUUUUCCAAUGAAACUUGUAAGCGUUUAAAAAAUGAGUACUUUUAGUGAUUGGGUGUUUCUUUUCUUAAUUCUAGAAGGAGUAGAUCAUCAUGUAUUUAUAGAUAGUGUUCAAGUCAACUAACAAUUUACAACCUCGUUUGAGCCAUCUCAUACAUAUUAUAUAUAUACACACGGGUUCUAGACUCUUGGAUGAA